AUGCAGCGUUUUCAAAAAGCGAAUAUCAGCGACCCAGUUGUUCGAGCUUUUAUGGAAGGCGUUCGCAUCGAAAUACGCCUUCGAAAAAGUCACUUACGUCAGUCUUGCACCAAGCCAUUCAAUUGGGAAGGGUAUAACAUUUGUGUGUUUUUCUAUAGAUUGGUGAGCCUUACAAAGGACUGGGAGGCUCCCACAAAACAACCUUAUAAUGAACAGGAAAACUUAAGAUCUUGGCUUCUGGAUCCAGAUUGCAAUGAUCAAUAUUCUGUGAUUCAUGGGGGAGGAGAUAAAGUUGCCAUCAUGUGGAACACUCCUCAGGAACCCAUUCUAUCAAAGGAAAGAAUGAACUGGACUGAAACAUAUGUAAGGUGGUCACCUAGAGGAACAUAUUUAGCCACACUCCAUCACCAAGGUAUUGCCUUGUGGGGUGGGGAGGAAUUUAAAAGGCUUAUGAGGUUCAGUCAUCCAGGAGUUCAACUUAUAGACUUCUCUCCCUGUGAAAGGUACUUGGUGACCUUCAGUCCUCUGGCUGAUAAUCCUGAGGAUCCACAGGCCAUUGUUAUUUGGGAUAUAAGGACAGGAACUAAAAAGAGAGGAUUUAUGUGUGGAGACCAAUCUCAAUGGCCAGUGUUUAAAUGGAGUGCUCAGGGAAAAUUUUUUGCUCGCUUAGGAGAGGACAGCAUUAGUAUAUAUGAAACACCGUCUUUUGGUCUCUUAGAUAAGAAAAGCUUAAAGAUCCAAGGUGUUAGAGAGUUUGCCUGGUCUCCGACAGAUGAUGUGAUAGCAUUUUGGGUUCCAGAAGAUAAAGAUUCUCCAGCUCGUGUUACACUUAUGGAGAUUCCUAGCAGAAAAGAAAUCCGUGUUAAAAACCUGUUCAAUGUGUCUGAGUGUAAGAUUUAUUGGCAGCAAAAAGGAGAUUAUCUUGGUGUGAAAGUGGAUAGGUAUACCAAGAGUAAAAAGGGCCUGUAUUACAACCUGGAACUUUUCCGUGUACGUGAGAGGCAAAUCCCAGUUGAUGUUGUGGAAAUGAAAGAGGCUGUUAGUGCAUUUUCGUGGGAGCCAGGCGGUAGUAAAUUUGCUAUAAUCCAUGGAGAGAGUCCAAGAAUAUCCGCCAGCUUCUACAACAUGGAAAAACAAGGAAGUGUCUCGCUUCUAAAAACAUUUGAUAAGAAGCAAGUGAACAGUAUAUUUUGGUCACCUAGUGGACAAUUUUGCAUCCUUGCCGGCCUUAGAAACAUGAAUGGUGUUUUAGAAUUCUAUGACACUUCUGAUGUGGUCUGCAUGAACCAGGCAGAGCACUUUAUGGCCACGGACGUGGAGUGGGACCCUACUGGUAGAUUUGUUGCUACAUCAGUCAGUUGGUGGGCACACAAGGUAGAUAAUGGCUACUAUAUCUGGUCAUUCCAAGGGAAACUUCUUCAACGUCACGCUUUAGAUCAAUUCUGUCAACUUCUGUGGAGGCCCAGACCCCCUUCUCUACUCUCAGACACCGAUAUCAAGAAUAUCAAGAAGGACAUCAAGAAAUUCCAGCGAAUGUUUGAGAUCAAGGAUCGAAUGAGUCAAUCAAGAGCUUCGAAGGAGCUGAUUGAGAGGCGGCGGCGAAAGAUGAAAGACUUUCAGGGCUAUAGGCAAAAGAAGAACAACGAGUUUGCACAGCAGAAGGCACAGCGCUUGGAAUUACGUAACGGUGUUGAAACAGAUGAGCUUGAUAGCAACGCAGAGGAGUUUGAAGACGAAUCGGUGGAAUUCUUUAUUAAAGAAGAGAUCACCGAAGUGGAGGAAUAGUCCAAAGGAAUUGUCCGUCAUUUUCCCGCGAGCGAGAGAGCGCUACUUUGUCACGAGUGAAGAGUAAAGAACACAAAAAGAGUUAAUUGAUCCGAAAUAUUCCUGUCUCGGCCGGCGUCCGAUAAAACGACUGCAUUGAAUUUUGACCGAUACUUGCCAUUAUAUUAGCAAGAGUUUUGAUUAUAAUAUUUUCUUUGUAGUGCGUAGUUUUCUCAAAAAAUUGGCCGUCUCCAACUGCUGAUUUUUUGGUCAGAUAGACUUCGUUUUUCCAGCCUUAGUAGCAGCUGUAGGUUUUAAUUUUAGAAAUGACCACUAAAAGUUGUAGCUUCUUGCCGAAACGUGAGUUCCUCUUGAGGAUCUUGCACUGUUCGAUUGAAUUUACAAUUUUCAGACGAAAUCGUAAUUUGUUUUUCGCUUGUAGGAAAUUAAAAUGGAAUAUUAUGCGUUCAAA